GCUCCCCGGCGCCCCUCCCACCGCCGCGAUCCCGCCGCCCCGCCCUCCCCGCCGCGACGCGCCCCCCCCUCGGAGCCUGCGCAGCUGCGGGCGCCGACACGCGUCCGGAUCCGCUGAACUUGGCCCUGAACUUGGGCGCGGCCCGCGGGCGCGGCGGCGGGACCCGCCCUGCGCCUCCUCGCUGCCGGGCUGCCCCGCGGCCCCGUGCGCGGCGGUCCUCGCGGCCACCAGGUGCUUGCCAGCCUGCAUUCCCUGGCCCACAGCAGUGCAGCUGGAGAAGGACUCCUGGAAACCCAAGGACUUGAACUUAACUCUGAGUAAAUAGGUUUUAGACCCACGAGGUUGUUACUGUUUUUGCCAUCACUUCACAGAUGUGGAGACUGAGGCACAAAGGUUGCUCAAGUUUUCUUAUCUGUGAAGUGCGUCCUGUAAUCCGGGCCUACUGAUGAGACAGAAUGUGCAGGUGCUUUGCAAACAGUUCAUUGUGAUACCAAUGGGAAGUGUUCAUAUUCAGGUAAAGGAGGGAGGCAUUCCAAGGCCAAAUUCAAACCAAAAAGAGAAAAUGACAAGCUUGGUUUGACUUGCAGAAUUUAAUGGGCUUGCCAUUCAAGGAGAGGCAAAGAUGGAGUCGUAGUUCAGUUGUGGACUUUGGAGUCAGAUGGACCUAAGUUGGAAUCCCAGCCCUGCCAUUUAUUAGCUCUGUGACCUAAGACACUGCCUCACCAUGUGCGGGGGACUGAACGAGAAGUAUGUGGCAGCCAUGGUCCUGAGUGCAGCUGGAGAUGCCUUGGGGUACUUCAACGGGAAGUGGGAGUUCCUCCAGAAUGGGGAAGAGAUUCACAGGCAACUGGUCCAGCUUGGCGGCUUGGAUGCCAUAGAUGUGGAGAGGUGGAGAGUCAGUGAUGACACGGUGAUGCACCUGGCCACAGCAGAAGCGCUCCUGGAAGGUGGCAAAGUCUCGGACUUGACUCACCUGUAUUCCCUCCUUGCUAAGCAUUACCAAGACUGCAUGGGAGACAUGAACGGCCGGGCACCAGGGCACGCCUCCGUGCGCAACGCCAUGCUGCUGCAGCCUCACAAAGCCGGUGGCUGGAGGAUUCCCUUCAACACCCGUGAGGGUGGCUGCGGGGCUGCCAUGCGCGCCAUGUGCAUCGGUCUGCGGUUCCCUCACCACAGCCAGCUGGACACGCUGAUCCAAGUGAGCAUCGAGAGUGGCCGGAUGACCCACCACCAUCCCACAGGCUACCUGGGAGCCCUUGUGUCUGCUCUUUUUACAGCCUAUGCUGUGAACGGCAAGCCUCCCCGGCAGUGGGGGAAAGGACUGAUGGAGGUGCUCCCUGAAGCUAAAAAGUACAUUGUCCGGUCAGGCUCCUUUGUGGAGGAGAACCUUCAGCACUGGUCUUACUUCCAAGACCAAUGGGAAAAAUACCUAAAACUCAGAGGGAUUUGGGAUGGCAGAUCAGCCCCUACCUUCCCCAAGCCCUUUGAUGUGAAGGAGAGGGAUCAGUUCUACGCCUCUGUGAGCUACGCUGGCUGGGGUGGCAGCAGUGGACACGAUGCCCCCAUGAUCGCCUACGAUGCCGUCCUGGCUGCAGGAGACUCCUGGAAGGAGCUUGCCCACCGAGCCUUUUUCCAUGGUGGAGACAGUGAUUCUACGGCUGCCAUUGCUGGCUGUUGGUGGGGAGUGAUGUAUGGUUUUCAAGGAGUGAGUCCCUCCAAUUAUAAGAAGCUAGAAUACAGAAACCGGCUGAAAAAGAUAGCUAGGGCCUUGUAUUCUCUUAGUUCAAAGGAAGAGAUUGUAAUUACCCUUUAGGGAGAAGUGACAUUCACUUCUGGUGGUUUCUCCUCUUGUGUAGUCCCUUUUCUGCUCAGUUUCACUUUUUUCAAAGUCAAGAGUCUUAACCUUGUACUCAGGGAGUUUUGAGGUAACAGUCCCUUGGGCACCUGAAGCUCAGUUCUUUGCAAACUUAUCCCAUCCUCGGCGCCCCCCCCACUCCCCGUCGCAAAUCUGUCCCUCUUCCUAUCCUGCAGAGUCCUUAUCUCAGUGGAUGGCAUCAGCAGCUCCCAAAGUGGAAAUCUCAUAGC